CGUAGUUUUACGUAGGCAGGCGCUCCGGUUUCCUGGCGGAGAAGAUGGCGGCUCCUGGACCGGGGGAGUAUUUCAGCGUCGGGAGCCAUGUCUCUUGCCUCACCUGCUUGGGCCAACGUCUGCAAGGAGAGGUGGUCGCCUUUGACUACCAGUCCAAGAUGUUAACUCUGAAAUGUGCUUCCUCCAGUGGAAAGCCAAACCUCAAUGACGUCAUCCUGAUCAACUUAGCCUAUGUUUCUGAAGUGGACAUAAUAAAUGACCGCACUGAGACCCCGCCUCCACUAGCAUCACUGAAUGUUAGCAAGCUUGCCAAUCGAGCACGGACAGAAAAGGAGGACAAGCUGUCCCAAGCCUAUGCAAUCAGUGCUGGGGUUUCUGUGGAGGGCCAGCAGCUAUUCCAGACUAUUCACAAAACCAUCAAAGACUGUAAAUGGCAGGAGAAGAACAUUAUUGUGAUGGACGACGUUGUAAUCUCACCGCCUUACCAGGCUGAGAACUGCAAAGGCAAAGAGGGAAGCGCUUUAAGUCAUGUACGCAAAAUAGUUGAGAAACAUUUUAGAGACGUGGAAAGUCAGAAGUCCAUGCAACGUUCACAAGCACAGCAAACACAGAAGGACUCCACUUUAUCUUCUUGAGUUGGCAGUGUGGGUCGGCCGGGGAAGGCGACGCGGGCAGUUUUGUUCCCACUGCCAGACUAGGUCGGCAUUCCUUGCCCUCAGUCUGAGACCACGAGGAGGAGCGCUGAGGGCCCUGGGUCCGGAAGAUCAAAAAACCAUUAAAUGAAAAAGACAAAAAAGAAAGAGGAAAGAUUAAAUCUUAAAUUAGACUUUAUAAAGAAUAAUUUAAACAUGAACCAUAAAGCAACCAUAGUUUCCUUAACUAACUUCUCAUUCUGCCCCCACUCCUCCCCUCUUAUGUCCCUAAAGCCUUUUCUUUUCCACCCUCCUUCCUUUGCCUUCAAUUCCAUUUUCUCAAAAAGAUAAAACUAGAACAGUCAGAAAGGCUUGUUAGCUUUAUUUUCUGUCAUUGUUUCCUUUUUGCUGUAUCCAUGUUCUACAAGUGUCUGUAUUUUCUGUAUUUUAAACAAAAUGUGACUUGAAACGCCACACUUUAAAAGGACAUUUUCUAAAAUAAAAGUAACAAAAAUUCUGACUGUAA